CCAGCGCCCGGCCCUCCGCUCCCUCGCUCGCACGCACGACAUUGGGUACCCCAGGAAAGCAGCUCCAACACCUCGGUGAAGGUCUCCCGCGCCGCGGGCAUGGAGGCUGCUGGGGCCGGCGAGGCGGAGGCCCCGGCCGCGAGGCCCACGCGCAUCAGCGUCCACGUCCACCAGGAGUCCAACCUGGCCAGGCUGCUGGAGGCCGGGGGCUCCCUGCUGAGAUCCCCCUCGGCCCGGGACGGCCCCACCCCGACCCUGGGCGGCGGCCAGCUCUCGGAGGCCUCCUGGGUGGCGCAGAUCGUGCUGGGGAUCCUGAGUGGGGUCCUGGGUGGGUUCCUGCACAUCCUGUGGCCCACCUCGCUGUCGCGGUCGGGAGCUGCCGUCUGGACGGGGGCGGUGGCUGUGCUGGCUGGAGCGGCUGCCUUCUUUUAUGAGAAACGGGGCAACUUCUGCUGGGCCCUGCUGAGGACCCUGCUCUGGCUGGCAUCGUUCUGCACAGCCAUUGCUGCCAUCAGCAUCGCAGCUAAUGCUGUCGGAGAUUAUCGGUACCUUGUUCGUGACGAUAGCUGCAAUUCCUACGCCGCGAGAGUCUGGCCUACAAAGCCCCCCGUCAGCCCAAGUCCCGAAGAAGUCGAGAGGCAAUCCUUGUGCCUCUCCCAUAUGGACAUGCUGAAGGCUCUGUCCCUGAGUCUCUACGCCAUGCUGCUGGGCGUCUGGGCCCUGCUGCUUCUGGCCUCGGUGACCCCGGUGUGUCUGUACUGCUGGAGAAGGUUCUUUGCGGAGGAGAAAAAGGACCAGAAGAAGCUGUUGGCAGCAAAUGGGAUCUAGCCCCGCUUCCCCUGGGCGCGGGUGCGGUCCUCCGGCUCUGGGUGAACCUGCAUCUGACGCUGGAAGAAGAGCCAGACCGGGGAAAGAGACCCCCAUCAUCCGUCAUCCUCCCUCCUCAAUCACACCCUUCCCCCCCCCACUCCCCCUAUCCCCCCUGCUCCUCCUGCCCAACACAGUGCACGUGCUAAUGUCUCUUGCUUACGCGCCAGCCGUCCCUUCCUGGCCCUUUUGCAGUAACUUGA